GGACUAUGCUAUUUGAAAAAUAAAAUAUAAAAAAAAUUAAAACGGCGUGUACGUGGCUAAUUAACGUUGCUGGCUGUAUGUGUGUGUUUUUAUAUUUCAUAUAUACAAUUUUUUUUUAAUUAAAAGUGAGUUUAUUUUUUUUUUAAUUGCGGAGUUGAAGGCUGUGGUGUGUUGUGUUUGCUUUUAAAGCGUGCUUGACAGAAGCGGGGCCCGCAUUGUUUUGUGUGCGUUGUUGCGGCGCGCGUGUAUGUAGAGCUCGCCGUGUUGUUUAUAAACAGACGUAACGCUAAGCGGAAGCAAUUGAAAGUCGCCAAUGGCCCUAAUUGUUAAUAUGUACACGCCAAUUGUCGGAAACUAAAGACUUCGGCAAGCAAAACUAAGCGAGUUUGCGCGGAUGCUGCUUCGUUUUAAACCACAGCAUCUCGGUCCAAGAUCGGCUAUUCUUCACCAUCUCAUCCAGCGAACGCAUCUCUGGAUCCCCAGAGCAGCAUUCCCCGCGGAUUUUCCGAAGCGUCCUCUUUCCACGGUUUCCGAGACGGGCACCGGAGCAUUUUCUAUGGUGACUGCGUCCAGCGCAGGCCAUCGCUGACGGCUGGGGCGCACCGCCCCGGGAGAGACGGUGGUUCGGUGGGCGCGCGAGGCAGAUGAUCAGGGCGUCUCUCCCCGACCGCCUGCCUGUCCCCUCCGCUUCCCGCUGCUGCCUUCGGUCAGAAGCUGCUGCUCCAGCUGCUGCUACUGCCUGCAGUGGGUGGCCGUAGUCACCAGGAAGUGCCACAGCCUUGGCUGGAGGAGGUCGGUCGUGAUUCUUCUCUCAAGCUCUCGUUGUCGUCAAGCACGGGGGAGGCCGGGACCAAAGCACGGCCAUAGAGGGGGGGAGAAGCGGCUCGGACGGGAGGGGCUACAACCGGCAACUCCGGGAGUGUCCGGCGGGAUGGCGACGCGCCGUGGCCUGCUGCUUGCCUGCCUGCUCGCCGUGACAUCGCCGCUUGCCACCGUGGCGUCCGGGCCGGCCGAGUGCCGCAUCCUGCGCUGCAACUCCGACUUCGUGGCAUCUUCGACGGCCGCCCACACGGCAUGGGAGCAGUGCGCGGCGCUGCGCGCGUACGCCCACUGCACACACGCCACCGCGCGCGCCUGCCGCGGCGACCUGGCCUACCACUCAGCCCGGCACGGCAUCGACGACCUCAUGGCGCAGCACAAUUGCUCGCGCGACGGCCCAACGGCACCCACGCCGCCGCACGGCCGUAAUCGCGUGGCGGCUGAUUGGGGCCGCGCCGAUCCAGGCGUGUGCAGCUACUCGCCGCCAGAGGGCGAGCGCGACAUCGUGUACCGCCACUGCGGCCUCUUCGGAGACCCACACCUGCGCACCUUCAUGGACGACUUCCAGACGUGCAAGGUGGAGGGCGCUUGGCCCCUCGUCGACAACCCUUACCUGUCCGUGCAGGUCACCAACAUCCCCGUGGUGCCAGGCUCCAGCGCCACCGCCACCAACAAGCUGACCAUCAUCUUCAAGGAGUACGCGGAGUGCACGGACGUCAAGAUGUACCAGGCGGAGACUGACAGUCUGCCGCCGGCGUUCGUCGACGGCUCCAAGAACGGCGGGCCGCGUGACACCACGGGCAGCCUGCGCAUCUCCGAGCUGGUGCCCGGCCGCCACGUGGAGAUCCAGGCUCGCUUCAUCGCCACCACGCUCGUCGUGCGGCAGAUCGGCCGCUACCUCACCUUCGCCGUGCGCGCCCCAGCGGCCGUGACGGCGUCUGGCGUCGGCGACACGAACGGCGGCGGCCUGCAGCUGUGCCUCAAUGGCUGCCCCACGUCGGAGCGGAUUCGCGAGAACGACUACCGCGAGCUGCUCUCGCGAGCCGAGCAACGCGCGCAAAGGUCGCGGGCCGGUGGCGGCGGAGGAGGUUUCGAACCGGCGGGCUUCACGGCUGACUUUGCGCGCGCGAAAUGCAAGGAGCGGCUGCACGUGGAAGACCUGUACUUCCACUCGUGCGUCUUCGACCUGCUGACGACGGGCGAUUUGAACUUCACGCAGGCGGCGUACAGCGCUUUCGAGGACGUCAAGACUCUCUCGCCCGACAAGGACCGCAUCCAUAUUUACCGAGGCACGAGUGAUCCCACGCUGGGGAACGCCGCUCCGGGAAGGCCCCGCGGCGUCACGGGCCCCGUACCGCUCACCUUGGCAAUUCUCGCGAUUUACUGCAGCGUCCGUGCGUCUCUCUUGUGAAUGUUGCUUUUUUGGCGUGAACAAGUUUAGGAAGAAAAGUAAUACGAUUUACAAAAUUGUAGUUUUUUUUGUUUAUUUGAUUUAUUUAUAUCGUGCGUUCAAAAAAGACGUGUAAUAUAUUGACAAAAAUGAUGGCAAUGUUUGAUGGGUGUUUUUUUUUUUCACGCGACCUUGUACAUAAGAUUAUAUUGUGGGUGUUUUGUUGUGAAAAAGUAGUGAUCUGAUGUUCUUUCUGAUGUGUUGAUGUUAAUAUUGAACUUGUGGUAUUAUUAAUGGUUGAAACAUCACCAUUUAUUCUCAACGUUUAAAAAAAAUGCUGUGUGAAGCUAUCGACUACAAAAUGGAUAUUAAAAAGAUUUGGACUUUUGAAAAAGAAACUUAAAUAUAAAAAAAAAUCUCUGUUCGAAAACUUUUCAUCCACUACACCUUGAGUAUUGUUGACUUUUUAAGCUGUGUAGACUACAGAGGUGUUGUGUUGUUGAAAGCCUAGCCAUAUAUGUACAUACGUUAUUUAUUUAUGGUCAAAAAGGCCUCUGUCCGUUAGAUGUCUGGUAACUGUUCAACAAUAAGCUUUGUCUACCAUGCCGUCGGGGAAAAGUGCAGUUUGUGGGGAAGGGGGGGGGAGGCACGGGUUAAAGUGAAAUAAAAUCAUGUUCUCUUUGACUUUCACACUCGCGUACUCAUUUACACGUGGACUAUCAGUGCAAUCAUGAUUACAACAAUAUGGCCAUGAUUAUGAUGCGAUGAUUCAUCGAUGAGUAACAUCGACUCACGCGUGUGAAGCUUAUUUUUCAAUUCAUAUUUGUUGUAUCCCAGCGACGUGUCCCGCCCAAGCCCACUUUUCUUAACAGUCAACACGACGUCUUGAACUUCCGUUGAUGGACAGCGGUUGAGGAUCACCUUUCAGAGACGAGAACUUGCCAAAGUGGCAGUAGUCGACUGCGGAGAUGGUUGCGUUUAUAUUGGCUCGAGCGCAGACGCUCAAUAGAUUGUUAACAUCGUGGGUACCCUGAGCAAUGACGCCUGCCUGGGCGAGCUCCUCAGCCAGCAGUGAAUUGAGCAUGAUGGCUGGUGAUGCUACAGGGUGUGCUAUACUGUACUCUCAUCAGUUUGUGGCCCCUGCAGCCACCAGAAAUGCUGGUUUUUAAAAAAUAAUAAUAAUCUAUUUUUGAAUUGUGACCCCGAUUCGUGCCAAUCCAUCAAAUCGCAAGGGGUUGCAAAUAUUUUACACGUUUUAAUAACAUGGUACAGUACCGAAGACUGAAAAUGAUGAGCAGCCGUGGUGUAAUGGUUAGCAGCGCACACUUGACUUGCAAUCCAGAGGUCGCCACUUCCAUUUCAUCUCCCGGCGCGGCAAAUGAAACUGGGUUAAGUUUCUCAAAUCCACCGCCACACCCCCUCUCCCUCCACACCACUGUCCACCCAGUAGUAUAAUAAAUGGGUAUGCCGCAGUUUGCCCAUCAGUUGGUCACGUGCGGUGGGGUAAAGUGUGAGUACAUGGACAGUAAUUAUGGUGAAAUGCAAUCUCACGCGACACUAAACUGCAUUAGUGGGUAGCUGUGUGCAAACACGUGUACGCAAGUUUUUACAAUGCGGUUAGAUUUUUUUUUUAAUGUAAUAGCAUUAUCGUGCGUGAAUAUCUCUGCAACACCCACUCGCAUAGAGGGCAAUACUCGCACUUGGCUGUGGGGGGGGGGGCUGGUAUUCAAUCAUGGGAAAUGUAAUUAUGUACAGUACAUUAUAAAGAACAUUGUUCAACCAUGAAUCAUUAAGCUUGAAAAAAAUUGAUAACGUGAUUUGUUUCUAACGUGCAGUGGCAAAAAACUGGAAUAUAAUUGCAAUGUCAUGAAAUUAUAAAUAUUGCCUAACAGUUUGAAAAAAAAA